AUGAGUAAGACAGCCGUGAAGGAUUCUGCUACAGAAAAGACCAAGCUUGCCGAAAGCGAACAACACUACUUCAACUCAUACGAUCAUUAUGGUAUUCACGAAGAGAUGCUUCAAGAUACCGUUCGUACCCUAUCCUACAGAAACGCAAUUAUCCAAAAUAAGGAUUUGUUCAAGGACAAGAUUGUGUUAGAUGUUGGUUGCGGUACAGGUAUUCUAUCCAUGUUUGCCGCUAAGCACGGUGCGAAGCAUGUCAUCGGUGUUGAUAUGUCAAGCAUUAUCGAGAUGGCAAAAGAAUUAGUAGAGUUGAAUGGGUUCAGCGACAAGAUCACUUUGUUAAGGGGCAAAUUGGAGGACGUUCAUUUACCCUUCCCUAAAGUUGAUAUCAUAAUUUCUGAAUGGAUGGGUUACUUUCUACUAUACGAGUCCAUGAUGGACACCGUUCUUUACGCCAGAGACCACUACUUGGUGGAAGGCGGUUUGAUCUUUCCUGACAAGUGUUCUAUCCAUUUGGCUGGUUUAGAAGACUCCCAGUAUAAAGACGAGAAGUUGAAUUAUUGGCAGGACGUGUAUGGGUUUGAUUAUUCCCCAUUCGUUCCGUUAGUCUUACACGAGCCCAUUGUCGAUACUGUGGAAAGAAACAAUGUCAACACCACCUCAGAUAAGUUGAUCGAGUUUGAUUUAAAUACAGUAAAAAUAUCAGAUCUAGCGUUUAAGAGUAAUUUUAAAUUGACUGCCAAGAGACAAGAUAUGAUUAAUGGUGUAGUUACCUGGUUCGACAUUGUUUUCCCUGCUCCAAAGGGGAAGAGACCUAUUGAAUUCUCUACUGGCCCUCAUGCCCCAUACACUCACUGGAAACAAACGAUAUUCUAUUUCCCUGAUGAUUUAGAUGCUGAAACUGGUGACACCAUUGAAGGUGAAUUGGUUUGCUCUCCAAAUGAGAAAAAUAACAGAGACCUAAAUAUCAAAAUUUCUUACAAGUUCGAAUCCAAUGGCAUUGACGGUAAUUCAAGAAGCAGGAAAAACGAAGGUUCUUAUUUAAUGCAUUAA